AUGAUGGCCGCGCUCGGCUCCGAUCAGCUGAAGCAGCUGAAAGACAUCUUCAUGCGCUUCGACAUGGACUCCGACGGCAGCCUCACCCAGCUCGAGCUCGCCGCCCUGCUCCGGUCUCUGGGAGUCAAGCCCACCGGUGACCAGCUCCACGUCCUCCUCGCCAACAUGGACGCCAACGGAAACGGCACCGUCGAGUUCGACGAGCUCGUCACCGCCAUCUUGCCCGACAUGAACGCGGAGAUCCUCAUCAACCAGGAGCAGCUCACGGAGGUCUUCCGGUCGUUCGAUCGCGACGGAAACGGCUACAUCACCGCCGCCGAGCUCGCCGGAUCCAUGGCCAAAAUGGGUCACCCGUUGACGUACAGAGAGCUCUCCGAUAUGAUGCAAGAGGCCGACACGAACGGCGAUGGCGUGAUUAGCUUCAACGAAUUCGCGACGAUCAUGUCUCGGUCUGCCGCCGAUUUUCUUGGGGUCUGA